CGACCAGAAUCGCUUCAUUUUAUAACAAACUGAUGAUCAACAGAAGGUUGUUUUUACUUUGAGUCUGUGAACAAACAUGUGAACCAGCUGGAAAACUGUUUUUGGUGGAGCUCUGAUGCAUUUUACAGCAUUUUAGGAGAGAAAUGAGAGCGAAAAGCCGCUGAGCAGCGCUGUCCACGGCGGUGAUCAGGUGAGGUUUGUUCGCUUCUCAAAGAAAAAGCAGAGAACAUCAGAGCUCUACAUGACUUAAAUAUGGAGAGACACAAGUCCGCUAUCUGCUGCCUUCACUGUCAGCCUUCAACACUCGUCCCACACUGAUUUUUCAGUCUUUUAUCACUAAGAGAAAACACAAGUGUCAGACAUUGACGCUGCACAGAGGAGGCAGCAGCAGGACUGAGUCUCCACGGUUCUCAUGGUGUGUUUAAGUGCAGCCUGCUGCCUCAGACUCUCCAACAGUCAACUCAGACUCUCCGUUUGUUUCGUGUCGGAUCUGAACUCAGAGGAAAUAAUGGCCGAAGUUGCUCCAGCUCCCGCCGCCGCCGCUCCGGCUAAAGUGGCCAAGAAAAAGGUUUCCAAGCCGAAGAAGACUGGCCCCAGCGUCAGCGAGCUGAUCGUGAAGACUGUGGCCGCGUCCAAGGAGCGGAGCGGCGUGUCUGCAGCCGCCCUGAAGAAGGCUCUGGCUGCCGGAGGCUACGAUGUGGAGAAGAACAAGGCCCGCGUUAAGACCGCCAUCAAGAGCCUGGUGGCCAAGGGGACUCUGGUCCAGACUAAGGGGAUCGGCGCCUCCGGAUCCUUCAAGAUGAGCAAAAAGGUCGAGACCAAGGCCAAGAAACCCGCAAAGAAAGCUGCUCCUAAAGCCAAGAAGCCCGCCAAGAGCCCCAAGAAACCCGCAGCUAAGAAGCCCAAGACAGCGGCAGCCAAGAAGACAGCAGCCGCUAAGAAAUCCCCCAAGAAGGUCAAGAAGCCCGCAGCGGUCAAGAAAGCAGCCAAGAGCCCCAAGAAGGCCGCCAAGAGCCCCAAGAAAGUGGUGAAAAAGGCUCCUGCAGCCAAGAAAGCUCCCGCAAAGAAGGUGGCCAAACCCAAAGCCAAGAAGGCAGCACCCAAGAAGAAGUGAGCUGUCAUCAGUCUGAACAUCUGAACCCGAUCAAAGGCUCUUUUAAGAGCCACACAACUUAUCUAAAGAGCAUCAUCCUAAUAUAGAAUACAUUUUAUAACAUAUUAAUUGAUAAAAGUGAUUUAAGUUAUUAUGGGUUAAAAUGGUGAGAAACUGCAAUUAAUAAAAUUUUAUCAACCCAGUUAUUCUGUUAAUUUAAUCUCAUACUCUCAGUACCAUCUAGUGACAAAUAGUUUACUCUUUACUCUUUUUUAUUUUCUUACAUAAAUGUCAGUAUUUUUCAAAGUGUCUGAAGUGUCAACAUGUUCUGCACUGAGCAGCAACAGGAACAGAAAAUACCUCAGGGUGACAUUGAACUGUAGUAUAUUGUUGUGAAAAUAAAUGUAUUGUGACAAUUAAAGUAUGAUUAAUAUGUUGGAUGAAGAUAACACCAUAAUAACUGAAAUUGAGACAAAUCAAUCCUCUUGGUGUUUUACAGCAAUAUUUAACUUUAUUAUGACUUAUGACUGUGCAACUA